GGCAUAGUUGUUACCGAGAUAGAGAGCAGGACAACAGGGCUGUGUGAGCGGGGACAUCACAUACAUCAGGGAGAACUCCUCAACUACUUCUGUUUCCUCGAUAACGAACUCCUGGUGCAAACAUGGGCCACAACGAGAAGGCUGCAUAUUUCUGCUGCGUUACACUGCUGUACGCACUCUCCGUGCUGAACCCAACACAUGCCAUCUCGGUGACCACACACCAUAACCUCCAUAAAACCGUGGGCUCGGAUGUGACGCUGUACUGCGGAUUCUGGUCCAAUGAAUAUGUUUCUGACCUCACCACGCUGAGCUGGAGAUUCCGUCCUGACAACUCCAGGGAGAUUAUCUCGAUCUUUCACUAUGGCAACGGAGUUCCUUACAUCGAGAAGUGGGGCCAGUUCAGGGGGAGAGUGGAGUGGGUCGGGGACAUAUCCAAGCAGGAUGGCUCAAUUGUCAUCCGAAACCUGGACUACAUUGACAACGGCACCUUCACCUGCGAUGUCAAGAACCCUCCAGAUGUGGUCGGCACAUCCUCAGAUGUUCACCUGACAGUUUACGACAGAAUCCCCCCAAUCGGUGCUGGAGUUGUUUCAGGAGCCAUCAUCGGAACAUUCCUUGGGAUUAUCCUGCUCAUCGUUGGAGGACUCUACCUGUUCCGGUACAUCGUCAGGAGACGGGCAAGGAGUGAGACCAUCUUCUUCAAAGGAGCCAGCGCUGCGGAACGAGGAAAAGCCAGUGGGAAAGCUGUGACUGGGACAAAGGGCCCCGUCCUCUACGCCACCCUGGACCAGAGCAAGAGCGGCAAAGGGGCCAGUGAGAAGAAGGCGAAGACCUCGGAGUCCAAGAGGGAUCGGAAAUAGCGGUUAGCCCAACGGGAGGGUGCUCGGGGGGGUGGCCCGGGGAGGGCAAGGGGCGCACCCGGGGCUGGGGAUGCCAAGCGGGUGCUGAUGACCAUUGAGUUGACGCUGACCGACUCAGACACGGGAAGCGAGACCGAGGGCAAGGGGCCGGUGGGCAGGAGCAUCGCCCGUUAAUUGGCCAGUGGUCCAUGUCUGCUCCUCAAACCCCCUCCCCCUCGCCCUCCACCACCGGGUCUUGCCUCUCCCUUCCAUUCCGCUGAGCAACUCCCAGCUCCUACCCUUCACCAUCCUCUGGGUUACUCCCUCCCUGCAGCCAAUGAAGUGCCACAGUUAGGGUUCACCCCCCCCCCCCCCCCCCCCCCCCCCACCCACCUCACCACUGUCCUCUCUCCUCCACGCCAGGAACGUAUCCCUCUCUCUCGACUCUAUCCCAUCCUACAUGCCAAGACCCUCAGCCUCCAUCUUGUGCCUCCAGCCUCCUCGAUCUUCCCUCCCCUCCCAUCUGCAGACUCGGGGAGGCGGGUGGCAACAUGUCUGGUUGCCUCAGGGUAGGCUGGGAGAGUGGGCUGGGGGCACAGAGAUUGAAAUCACAAUCGAUCACUGGCGGACCAAUGGCUUUGUGUUUGGGGUUCCUGCUCUGGGCAGGUGGGUGGGUGGGGAGAUUAGAAUAGAAUUUAAUCUCCCCUAAACUGGGGGUAAAUGGGGAAAUGCUGAUGUCAUGGGUUGUUCCCAGCAUUGUCCCCAGACUGGACACUGCCCCACCUCUCGCAGUCAGCUGACGGCCAGAUGUGACUCCUGCCUUGGCACCAUCCAACAUUUUGGACGUCAUCUUGUUCCUCCCAGGGUGAUUCCCACAAACCCCACCAAUGUCUUGAGGAGGGGGAACAGAGCGGGAAUCAGCCUGGCAGGAGAUUUGCGACGAAAGGGGAGGGGAAAUACCACCCACUAGGGUCCAAUCCAGCAAAGGGAAGUUUACUGAACUACCCAAAACCACGGAGAGAUUGAGAUCUGGCUCCCACUUGUCAACUUCGAUGGUCAAUGACCGAAAAUAUAGUAACUAUCAUUGAUUGGCUUGGUUGGUCAAUGACCAUGAAGACUCAAGUUGCCAUUGGUCACCAUGGCUGGUCAAUGGCCUAAAAUACACUGACUGCUAUUGGUCAGUUUGGCUGGUCAAUGACCUCAGAUACACUGGCUGCCAUUGGUCAGUUUUGCUGGUCAAUGACCAUGGAGACACUGGCUGCCAUUGGUCAGCUUGGUUGAUCAAUGACCUAAGAUACACUGGCUGCUAUUGAUCAGCUGAGCUGGUCAAUGACCUGAGACACUUUGGUCAUUGCUGGUCAACAUGAGAUUGGUGCCUACUCACACCCAGUUGGAACUCCAACAACUGGCUUUAACAUUUGUCCGCCAUUGGCUGUUGAGGCGAGGACCUGACCUGUUGACAGUCGACUGCCAAUCAGAUGUCCGAGUGGGCUAUUAGGCAAAAUACAGCAAUGACACUCCCACUGCACUCCCUGACCCUUCAUCUCCUCCCCGUCGGAUGGGUCAAUAGGCACUGCCCCCUUUCUCCCCAGACAGGCCGUAAGACUAACACUGCAAUGCGGGUUAUCCUGUUUGUUGUAUUAAUGGAAUUAAUGGCAAGUAUCUGUGUCUAAUCUUGUGGGGUCUCCAAUCUCUGCCAGACGUGUGAGACUGGAAAACCAGAGGCCCCCUUAAUGAUGUAACAGACUUUUCAGUAUUAAAUAAUAAAAGAUACAAAAUGA